GGAGCAUGCGCAAGGUAUGAUCAUGUGACUAAUUACGUCAGUGGUGUCAGACAGAGCUGUCAAACGAUAAACUAAAUUUAUAAGAAAACAACAAAGAAUGUAGCGGAAAUUUAAACUUAAACAGGAGUGAUUUAAAAAAAAAAAUAAAUAAAACUAAAAAUGAGUGACUGUCAGUUUGGAUCAAGAACAAGAACAGACAGUUCGGGAACUGGUACAUCGACUCCGUCUUCUACAUCUGAUUAUAUAAAUGGUGAAGGAGAUGAUAGUUCAGACAGUAGAGGAACAGUGCCAUGUACAUUAAAAUCAGUGGAAAAUUUAUUAUCACUUUCGAAGGCAAUUACUCAAGAUGAACUUCAACAAAUGGUUGAAAAGUGUAAAGAAAUGGUUUUGGAUAGUGCUGAAUGUUCGGAUGAAAGAAAAUGGUUAGUGAGACGACUAAUUGAAUUAAGAUUGAGAGUUCAAGAAAUUCGUGAAAAAUCAAAUGAGGCUACUUUGGAAACUCUUGUGAUUUUGGGACAUCAUUUUGUACCACAAAAAUAUCAAAUUCCAAUUUCUGGUUCUGUUUAUUGUGAUCAUUGUAGUGGAGGAAUUUGGACCAUGUUACAAUCUUGGUAUAUGUGUAAUGAUUGUGGAUUUUGUUGUCAUUGGAAAUGUUUAAACAGCAUUUGUCGUGUUUGCGUUCAUGUAAUAGCAAGCGAAGUACGAGGAUACACUUACACUAAAGAUAUUUGCCCAGAACGUGGACUUUCUGCUCAAGGAUACAGGUGUGCAGAAUGUAAAACUCGAAUCACUUUUACUAACUCAAAAGGAUUAUCAUUGUUAUGUUUCGUCAGUCCUUUCAGUUACACAGAAUCAACGUGGGUCGAACCUCGACUUUGCGAUUACAGUGGAUUAUAUUAUUGUCAAAAAUGUCAUUGGAACACGUACGCAGUAAUUCCCGCGAGGGUUAUAAGAAAUUGGGACAUGGAACCACGACGUGUUUGUCGUGCUGCUUCUCAACUUUUAAAUUUACUCCUCGAGAGACCAGUGUUACUUCUUGAGGAAUUGAAUCCAAAACUUUUUACACUUGUUCCUGACAUGUCUAUCGUCAAGCGACUUCGGGAAGAGGUGCAAAUGAUGAAACAAUAUUUGGUACUUUGUCCUGAAGCGAAUAAUCAAGGCUUACCUUGGCGAGUGGGCCUGAGAACACAUUUUUUAGAAAAUCCUGGAAAUUAUUCUGUGAAAGAUCUCGUGGAUUUGCAAAAUGGAGUUUUAAUGGAAGAGCUUCGCACUGCACAUGAGAGUAUGCGUAAUCAUAUUACAAAUUCUUGUGUACUGUGUAAAGGGAGAGGACAUCUUUGCGAAUUGUGUGGAAACGACGAGGUAAUAUUUCCCUGGGACGUUAGUGCAAUUUCUUGUCACAAAUGUUCAGCUGUGCAUCAUCGAAUUUGCUGGACAAAACGUGAUCAUCGUUGUUCAAAAUGCCUACGAAUUGAACAACGUCGUUCCUUACAAGAUAGAACAAUUGACGAAAAAGCAAUCGAAUUGGAUUACGAUAAUAUCGAAUCGAUAUCGUAAAUUUUGACAAAGAAAAAAUUUCUUAGCUAAAAAGCAUCAUUUAAUAUAUGUAUAUAAUAUCAAAGCUUUUAUAAUUUGUAUAUACACGAAUAACGUUAUUUAGAAAUUUAUUUAAAUACACACGUUAAUCUAUUUAUAUAAAAAAAAAAUUCAUUUUCUACUCGUCGUUUAACUUUUUGUAUUUUAAUAAUAAUUAUUUAUCGAUAUUAAAAAGAAAAAUUCAAUGUGA